AUGACAUCUGGUUCUGAGCAAGGGAAGGUGGGACCCAGUGAGCUUCAGGGAGUGGGGAAGAAUGUGGAGGAUGAACUUGAGAUGAAGCUGAAGGAGUCCCACAUUUCAGAUGAUAAACAUGUCAUUAUCCCAAAUCACCUUCAUGUUCCUGAAGCCGAAAAACUCGGCUUCUGUUUUGGGAGUUUUGAUGCCACUUUUGGUUUUAAUAAAACCCCCUCAAACUUAAAUGGUCUUGUGGCUGUGACUGUGAGUGAAAUGACGUCUGAAGCAUCUGAGGAGGCUGACGAAACUAUAGAGGAUCAAAUGCAAUCCAGGUUUAGCAACUAUUUGAUCCAGCACGCUAUUAUGCACACUUUUAUCGUCCGGAACUCACUAAUCUUAUCCACCACCGGUCCAACACCAACAACCGCCACACAAACCGUCAGAGUCAUGCAAAGCUCCAUAUCCGUCACUCAACAACCAUUACCUAUUUUCCAGCAGCCAUCAGGGGUUCAUCUACCCCAUUACCCUCCAAAUUACAUCCCAUACGGUCCAUAUUUCUCCCUAUUUUAUGUCCCUCCACCAGCUGCUAUCCAUCAGUUUUUAAGCAACAGGACAUUCCCACAACAACCACAACAAGGCGCUGGAGGCAUGUAUCCAGCACCACCACCACCAGUGGCCGCCACCUCUAAUUCUAAAUACCCACUUCCACAGUAUAUGCCAAGAAGCAAUACAUGGAAUAUUGGAAUGACGGGAAGCUAUGGACCAUAUGCUUCAGCAGCCCCUGCUGGUUAUAACUUUGCUUCGGUUGCUGCCAAUUCCAUGGAAUCUUUUAGGCCAUAA